CCCGCGCUCCCCCGAAGGCGCGGGUUGGGGGGCGGGGGAGCCCAGGAGCGGCGCGGCUCUGCCACCGGCUGACGCACCGUCGGAAAGUUGCGCUCGGACCUUCUCCCACCUCGUACUUUCUUCCCGGGGCGCCGCUGUAGACUUGGAGCUGGGUGGGGAGGACCCGGGCCGAGGCGUGAGCAGAGCGGACUGUCGCGGUCUCGGCGAGGAGCCCGCUGCCCCUUAUUCGCGGUGCCCAGCGCGGUGGUGGCACAAACUUUCUGGACUGUCCCCGGACAGUCCUGGCGAGUCCCGCUCCGGGCCGGGAGGAGGAGGCGCGGCCGCUGACAGAUUUUGGAAGUCUUCUUCUGGGAGUUGCCAGCAGUGCCAAGUGUUGGAGAAAUCUUUUCUGCCCCUCUGAUAGAGUGAAGUGAGCAAACGCAACCUAGCAGAAGGCUGGUGAAGAGAGCACUCACAGAACCAGAUGGAUGUCCUCAGUUUUCUGUUCAGGAAUCUCCCAGGGGAAGUCGGUGGAGAUUUCACCAGGUUGAGUGAGAGGACGGUCACAGCUGGCUGCCAGCUGAGGUUUCGAAGGUGACAAUGAAAUGUGAAGAAGUUACAUUUCUACUGUGAUACUUGAAAGUUAGUGACUGCUUACCAAAUUUUCAUGAAAAUUAAAUAUGACUUAGAAGCAUUUGGUUUAUGAAGGCUUAUGAUGUCAUCGGUUGCGACAGAAGGCAAACUCCGGCAGGCUGUGAGCUUGCAGGGAGUUGACCCAGAAACAUGCAUGAUUGUAUUUAAAAACCACUGGGCGCAGGUUGUGAAAAUCUUAGAGAAGCAUGACCCCUUGAAGAACACCCAGGCAAAAUAUGGGGUCAUCCCUUCAGAUGAGGCCAGUGCUGUGCAGAACUAUGUCGAACACAUGCUCUUUUUGCUGAUUGAAGAGCAAGCCAGGGAUGCUGCCAUGGGGCCAAUCCUGGAAUUUGUGGUCUCUGAGAACAUCAUGGAGAAACUCUUCCUUUGGAGUCUGAGACGGGAAUUUACUGAUGAGACUAAAAUGGAACAGCUAAAGAUGUAUGAGAUGUUGAUCACCCAGUCCCACCAGCCUCUGCUGCACCACAAGCCCAUCCUGAAGCCCCUGAUGAUGUUGCUGAGCUCUUGUUCAGGAACAACCACCCCCACUGUGGAGGGGAAGCUGGUGGUCCUGCUCAAUCAGCUCUGUUCCAUUCUUGCCAAAGAUCCAUCCAUCCUGGAACUCUUCUUCCACACUAGCGAGGACCAAGGGGCUGCCAACUUCCUCAUCUUCUCCCUUCUGAUUCCCUUCAUUCACCGGGAGGGGACUGUAGGCCAGCAGGCCCGGGAUGCUUUGCUCUUCAUCAUGUCUCUGUCUGCUGAGAACAGCAUGGUGGCCCAUCACAUCGUGGAGAACACCUACUUUUGUCCAGUGCUUGCGACCGGGCUCAGUGGUCUCUACUCUUCCCUGCCUACCAAGCUGGAAGAGAAAGAUGAGGAAUGGCACUGCCUUCUGAAGGACGACUGGCUCCUGCUCCCUCCCCUGGUCCAGUUCAUGAACUCCCUUGAGUUCUGCAACGCCGUCAUUCAGGUGGCUCACCCCUUGAUUCGUAAUCAGCUUGUCAAUUAUAUUUACAAUGGAUUCUUGGUACCAGUCUUGGCUCCAGCUCUCCAUAAGGUGACUGUGGAGGAGGUGAUGACCACAACUGCAUAUCUGGACCUUUUUCUGCGUAGCAUCUCCGAGCCAGCACUACUUGAGAUCUUCCUCCGUUUUAUCCUGUUGCACCAGCAUGAGAACGUCCACAUCCUAGAUACUCUCACGAGCCGAAUCAACACCCCAUUUCGGCUUUGUGUGGUGUCCCUGGCAUUAUUUAGAACUCUCAUCGGUUUACACUGUGAAGAUGUGAUGUUACAACUAAUUCUAAGGUAUCUGAUCCCUUGCAAUCACAUGAUGCUGAGUCAGAGGUGGGCUGUGAAGGAGAGAGACUGUUACUCUGUUUCUGCGGCCAAGCUGCUCGCCCUGACCCCCGUCUGCUGCUCCAGCGGGAUCACCCUGACGCUUGGGAACCAAGAGAGGGAUUAUAUUCUCUGGUCAAAGUGCACGCAUGAUAGUCCAGGGCCCUCAGAGCAGCCACCCCCCGAGGCGUUCUCGCCGUCGGCCUGCAUUGUGGAGUACGGCAGAGCCUUGGACAUCAGCUACCUGCAGUACCUCUGGGAGGCCCACACCAACAUCCUCCGCUGCAUAAGGGAUUGCCACGUGUGGUCCGCCCUAUACGAUGGAGACUCCCCCGACCCCGAGGCGCUUUGCCCGGCUCUGCUGGGCCCGCCCGAGGAGAGGCCUCCCAGAGCCACCUACCCUGUGCUCAGGCUCCCGCAGCAGGUCCCGGGGACGACAGGGCCCCAGGUGGCUCCCGGAAAGGAGAAGAGCCACACGGAGCUGGAGUGGGACGACAGCUACGACGCCGGGAUCUCCUCGGGGGUGGGCGGGGGCUGCCCUGGGCCGUAUGAGGAUGCAGAGAACUCGGGCCCCCCGGCCCCCGUGGAUCCUCCCAGACACAUCCAGGAGAUGAAGAAGAACGCCAUCCUGCUCUUCAAAGGGGCCUACAUCGAAGAGUCCGACUUCCAGGACGACGUGAUGGUGUACAGGUUGUGUGCUGAGAAGGAUGCUGAGGACAGCAGCGGUUCACGGGAGGACGCCGCGAGGCCCCCAACCCAAGCCCAGACCCAGGUCCAGGGUCCCCCCGUGAGCAACGGCCCCCUGCCCGGCCCUCAGCCAGAGACAGAUUCAGAGGAGGAACAUGGUAGGGACGAUUCGGACGUGUUUCACGGUGUGUCCAAGGAACCAGGAGGAGAGAACGAGCCUGAAGUCGCCCUAGAAUCAAGCCCCGAGUUAGUGGCCCCCGCCCCCAAGGCAGAGCACGGCGCACGCCUGACAGUGACUAACCCCGACGGUGAAGAUUUCAUUGCCCAGUAUGACCAAAUCAUUAAAGAACUGGAUUCCAGCACCGAGGGCUUGACGGAGCAGAAUUUCUCCUCACCUGAUCCCUUGCUUCUUACAAAGGAGCCGGAAGAGGAGGAAGAUGAGAGCAAAGGAGAAGAGGAGGAGGGGAAGAAGGAAGCAGAAGGGGAGGAGGAUGACUUUGACCCUUUCAUAGCUGAGGCUCCUGCCGCAGAGACCCAGCCGUCCCCGUUCGGAGCGAGAGAUGAGGCUGCCUUUGCCCGUCACCGUCCCGCGAGGACUCAGAGCACCCCGUUCACAGGCCCGUUCAUCAGUGUGGUCCUGUCCAAGCUGGAGAACAUGCUGGAGAACUCGCUGCACGUGAAUUUGCUGCUCAUCGGCAUCGUCACGCAGCUGGCCAGCUACCCGCAGCCCCUCUUGCGCUCCUUCCUGCUCAACACCAACAUGGUCUUCCAGCCCAGCGUGCGCUCCCUCUACCAGGUCCUCGCGUCUGUGAAGAACAAGAUUGAGCAGUUCGCCUCUGCGGAGACAGACUUCCCGGGCCUCCUCAUCCAAGCCCAGCAGUACCUGCUCUUCCGCGUGGACCUGUCCGACCCGAGCCCUGAGGCACCCACCAAAGUUUCAGAUCCCGUUCAGGACGCCUCCAGGACAGGGAGCGGCAGGAGUUUCCUGGAUGGCCCCCCACGAGUGCUUCAGCCCUUCCUGACGAACAGAGCCAAGGCGGCCGGGGCGCCCCCCAGCCUGCCCCCGCCCGUGCGGGACGCCAUGCUGGCGGCCGCCCUCUUCCCCGAGUUCCUGAAGGAGCUGGCUGCCUUGGCCCAGGAACACUCCAUUCUCUGCUGCAAGAUCCUGGGCGACUCGGAUGACAGCCGCUGUUAGCUUUUUCUUUUCACAUAGAGGUUCUUGUUUUUUUAAGGUUUUAGUGUCUUGACUGAACGUUAAAUGCAAAGCUGCUUACAGACACCUCUACAUUGAGACUUCCUGACGAUACUUGAUACGUGGGGAGGGGGGUUUUCUGUGCACCUUGUCUCCCCAGCCGGAUCUUCCCACCUUGUACCCCCUAGAAUCUAAGUCUUGGCUCAGUUUUUCCUCCUCAGAGUUCUUGGUCCUUAUUCUCCCAUCCCUCGGAGUCACUCAGCUUGCAGCUUAGAUCACACCCAGCGAACACCGGAGGUCAGUGAUUUCUGGAGGUGCCCACCUCAGAAGGCCGGCCCUUCAACAGCACGCAAGAACGCACACCUGCCCCUGUGGCCUCCUGCGUCGUGGCUUCCGUCUUCUAAAGAGAAGAAUAAAGAUGGAGCCCUUCUUGCCUCCGUCACACAAGCACACAGCAUCCGUCCCUUUGCAUUUUACUUCCAAGACUUGUAUUCCGCCCAACACGUGUUGCCUUAGAGUGCAGGCAAAUCCACUGGUCUCAGCUCUCUGCCUGGGAAGUCAGAUGUAGUUGGAGAGAAUCUGGAAUGCAGGGAAAUGUUCUUGUUGCUCGAGGGCUUUCUCUGCUCAGUAUAUCACUACCUAAACACUGAAAAUAGCCUUAUUUUAGUAAGAUUUGCACAAAAUGAACUAUGCCUAUGCAAAAUGUUACUUUGGCUUUUAGGACUUUGAUCAGUGUGAUGAACAAAGCGUGGUAUAUGCUUAUGUAAGAAGACAACCAUCAUUAUUUUUUUAAGUGUUUUAUGAAAAACAAACUGAUUCAUCUGUGAAACUGUCUAUCUCAUAGUGGGUUUUUUUUGGAGGGGUAUGGUGUGGGGGAAAGGAUAAAAGUAAACUAAAUACAGUCUGUACAAACCUUGGUAAUUGUUUUAAAAUCUGUUUGCUUUUUCUAAUAUGUUGCACUUUGUAGAGAAACAGGAACUGUACAGCCACUUAGGGAACCAGGAUGUAAAGGCAAACAGGUCGCGGGGAGCCCCGCCAAGCCAAGUGCCUGCUGGGGCCUCACUCCACACAGAAACGCUGCCUUCUGAGUAAUGGGGUUCAUUAGGAGGCCCCACCGUGAUGUAUUAGUGCCUCUCUGCUUCUGCAGCCUGCUCUGCCAGGUGUAAUUAUACUUAGAGCCAUGGUCUCCUACCACAGAGAGAGGGGCAAACACACAAAAUAAUUGUGGGCUAAAAAAGAACGAGACAAUAAAAGACUGAUAUUCAUGGAUAUUAGAUUCCACUCUCCUGUACUGUGGGCAGGUGAGAAGCACGUAAGCAGGAUGGACCCCCCCCACCACCACCACCACCUCCGCCCCGUUUGGAAGGAAAUUGGAGGCUCCGGGUCUCUCUCUUCUUUCUGCGGGCAUCCUGCUGAGCCCUGGGGGCAGUCACAGGGCUGGUGGUGGUGCCUCAGGAGCACUGGUUUGGUUUUAAUCAGGCCCUAGUACAGGAGGGGCGUGGAGGAGAGAAGCACAUCUGAGACGCUGCAGAGCCGAGGCUGCCUUUUGUGUUUCAGGGAUCUUGAAGCGAGUGAGCCAGUCCUGGAAUGAAGCCUCAGGAGCUCUGGCCGGGGCUGGGUGGCUCUCAGGAGCCCAGCUUCGCGGUGCUUCCAAGUCUAGGCAAGGAACCAAAGAUAGUGAUUCGUUGUACAUUUCUGACUUCAAACUUGUCUUGAAAGAUGAUGGUUUGCCCGGCUGCGGUGCAGCAGCCAGAAUGUACGAGGCCAGCGGACUGGCCUGCUCUUGGCUUCCCGACAUCCACUUGUAUUUGCGUAAGUGUCUCUACUGGAAAAGUCAGUGGCUCAGAGACCGAGAGAGAGGAGCAGAAGACGAGUUUCAGCUGUACUGUAUUGUCCUCCAACUUUGUUUUGCGCAAGUAUUUACCUUCCAGUUUGGACUCACCAGGUAUAUAAGAUGCUAAAGUCACGUCUGAGAGCCAUAUUCUUCAGCUUUCUGGUCUGAUUUCCACGUCUCUCCAUUAUCUGGUGAUGGUGUCGAUUCUUCUCCUUGAGUCCAUGUUGCUCUAUUAUAGAAAACCACAGUCCCCUUUGUGGAAAGCAUCAUCUGGGCAAGAGUAUUUUUUUAAGUAGGUACUUUAAAAAAAAGUAGAUUUGCUUUAAAGGAGGACAGAGAUGACCGGUGUGGGGUGAGAGGCAGGAAAAUUCACUAACUAACUCCCAUGGUGGGGUGCUGGUAGCAAACCCACAUGACAACCCAAUCUAUUUGGAGGUGGACACCGGUUCAGGUUUCUGAAACCACUGCAGCCCUCCACCAGAGUACUGAGUCCAGGGUUUCUCAAAAUGAAGUCAGAAAAUGGACCUGGAAAUAUAUUCUAGGGAACUGGUGAACCCAUGCAGUUGAGGGGAACAGCCAGGUGGGUUAAGGAUGGUUCGGGGGUGGUGUGGACAUGCAAGAGGGAACACAGCAGAAACCGGAAGCUAAAAUAGGAGAAGAACACAUCCUGGGGGGUUUGGAGGAAUGAACAUUGAUCUAGGCAGAUAGGAAGAUACUGAACAGCAGGGGGUGGCGAUGGGAAUUCCUUGAUGGGAAAAAUCUCGGUAAUGAAGUAGAAUAUUCUAGUCAUAAAGUAAUAGGUGACACCCUUAGAAAUCUCUUUUGCAAUGAGUUUGGGGAAGGAUUUUGAACGAUACUUGGCAUGCUUUAAAAUGUGCCAGUGCGUGGAUGCUUUUGCAUGCGACAGGCCCCCAGGACUCAGUGGACACGGGCUUUGGUGCAGCCCCUGAGGUUGGCGUCGCUGUGUCGAGCCUGGUGGCCCCGGGCAGCAGAGGAGAGUCACCGGUUCCUGGCACAUCACAUCCUUCACCUUGAUUCAUAACUCAGAGUCUGACGUAAAGUUCUAGGUGGAGUGGAUUUUGUGGUUCAAAAUAUAGGAGAGCACUGGGAUACUUAAAAUUGAUUUUUGGAAGUGGCCAAAAGUUUAAAAACGUUUGUUUUUAAAAUUUUAAAGCGAUUCCAGGUCGAGUUUAGCCUAAAAUACAGUUUUAUGGAGUAAAUUACAGAUUCCCAGACAUGAAAUGGGAAUGCUGGAGUAACCAAUCAGAGAUGUGGUUUUAUUAGUAGGUACUUCCUUUCCUUCCCUGGUAUUGAGAAGAAUUGUGAAAUGGUCCCCAUUUGACUUAGUAAAAUACUUCGAUGGGCUGGGGUUGGAAUCGAUGUCUCUGUCACGUGUAGGGAGGACGCAUUCACUUCUUCCGCAGGUCCUCAGGGGUACCUUUUCCUCAUCAAGUGGCUUUUACUUAGGUCUGAUGCAGUUGUUGAUUUUCAAUCCAUUAAGACACCCAGGGGUCCAGGGUGUUGUCAGGAGAGCAUCCUCGUAUGAGUAGAAUCUAGAGACAGGAUACGUGACUGUUCAGGUUACCUGUUCAUUUUGGGCAGCCCAUGGUACUCGGGGUUGAAAGUCGUUUUUGAUGUCUCUGAAUCAGCCUGGUUGCCAGGGUCAGUGUGGGUGGGUUUCCAGCUGUGUUCAGAGGUUUGGGGUUGUGGGUAGGCUGCCCGUUCUGAACGUGGGUCAGUGUGCCUGGGCUGCUCUCCUUGGGAAGUGCGGCCCCGGCGGGGGUGGGAUGUGUCACCGGUGUGACGGUGAAUCUCUGCAGCACACGCCCAGCUCUCACCCAGGGAUGGGUGAAUGUAAUUGCUAACUACCAGCCGUGUAUUUACUGAAAUGGCUGGCACGCUUGGCCAUUUUUAUGCAACACUUUAUUGCGGGACAGCUAUUACCGCAUGUGCUACUUCGAGUCACUGGCUAGGCCGGGGUAAUUUGUGGCUCACCUCGCGUCCCAGCCAGCCUUGCGGUAUUAGCUCUUCCUGAACAGCAGCCCUCUGUAGCUGAGGCCACAACGCUUUAAGUCAUUAAGAAGAUAUUCUCGGCCCCUUCUCGCUUCAGCCAUCAGACUGUAAAUCACACAACACUCAUUCUCCAUCAGAUAACAGCUUAUGACAGAACACUGUCAAACCGGUUUAUACUCCAUUCUUAAAUCACAUCACGGAGGAAACAUUUUAAGAAAAUGGAGUUGACUUUUUUUUUCCUUUUUGAAUGACCAUCAUAAACCUAACGCUUUAGAAAGAGCUCUCAAAAGACUAAGAAUUGUUUUCGGGAUAAUUUUGCCUCAGUAAAUCCUCUCUAUGUUCAGGCGUUUAUUAGGCCAUUACUUGUUUUGGAGGACAGAUCAUCCUGGCAGCUCAUUAACUGGAUAAACAGGGGCUUCAGUGAAAGAUUUUCGCUGAGGCUUUGUAGGGACCAGAGGGACAGGGGCAAAGUUCUUCAGCCUCUGCACUUGGAAUCCUAAGACAGGGGCCGAUUUUAGCUGGGAAUGCCCCUCCCUGUCCAGUCAUCAUUGUGAAUCUUGUUCCUGUCACCCACACAAGGAACAAGGCCGCCAGUAGGGUCUGCCCGCAUGCGUUCCAUACAUAUUUCAGGCAUCUUUGGGGAACCUUAGAUUUACUGUGUGCUUUCCGAACCUGACAAGGGUUAUGGUAGCUCUUAGGCCAGAUUAUGCAUUUCACGGAGCUGAGGCUGCACAAGUCUGUGCUUCUUAGGGCAGCAGCUGACUUUUUAUUGGGACAAGUCUAGAAAAGGCCCACCUAUAACGAGGUACCAUUUUGCCCUGCAGAUAUUUUAAAAGAGAUUAUUUGGUGUUGACAAUAUUACUUAAAUGAUUUUUGCUGAGACGUCUGAGGGAGACAAGAGAGGAUUUCAAUCAGCGCUUUCCAUCUCACCAUCGAGGGUCCGCUCUGUGCACAAAUAAUCCACAAAUGCAAUUUGUCUAAAAUCUGCAGAAGAGGCAUGGCAGCCAUUUCCAUGCUGCUUUUGGUGGUGGGUAAGUAACACGGCCUUUCAUAUAGAUCUAGUGGUUUUUUUCAAAUAGUCCUAUGUGGAAUCCUUGAAAUGAUGCGGCUAAAUUCAUUAGAUAUGAAAAAUACAAUAUGGAUUGUGGGUCGUGGCCGUAAGCUAUAUAUUGAACUAACCAACCAACGCAAAGCUCUAGGAGAGUGUUUACUUGAAAACAAUUCAUAGCCUUCUUCCAGAUUAGCCAUAAUUACCAAAAAGAAGGGAGCUCAGCUAAAAACAUCCUUAACUUGGUAUAAAUAAUGACGUUUUUUCCCCUGGGUUGUCUACAUCUUAAAAGAUGGGAACAGAAGUUCACCUUGACGCAUAAGCCUGGACAGAGUCAAGAAGCUCCUUCCUAGACCCAGAGUUUAAAAGCCUAGUGGAUGGCAGCACCCACCCCUCAUACAGAGGGACUCCCACAAAAGGUUGUCGAUUAAUUUUGUUUUAUAAACGUAAUGAACUUUUGCUAAAAACUGAUCCUGUGCCAGGUAGCAUGCCGAGUGCUGAGGCCGCCAUUCCUCCCCUCCCCCCAGAACCAGCCGACCAACCAACCUCCUCCUCAAGCCACAGGGCACCCGGUUUGGGCCUGACCAGGCCGAGCUGGUGCAGGCCCACCCGGGGGAGCCAGUCUUCCAGCAUGUUGCCCUCCCAGCCUCCAGGUGUGUGGGCUCCAAUGACAGAUGGCACUGGCUUCACCUAUGGCGCCAACUCAUACCUUUUAAUGAGAUUUCCCCCUGAAUAGCAAACAGAGAACCAGACUAAAUUCACACUCAUGCAAAAAUGUAUUUAAAAUUGUAUUUCACUGAAGCCCAGUUACAAGUAGAGCCAUACUUUGUGAAUUUCUUAGGGUGUUAGAUAAACAUAUAUUUUGAAUAUCUAGUCAGGUUCCAAGUAAGAUAUCUGAGCUGUGCUUUGAUAUGUUUUUUUCUUUCUAUGAGCAGUUAUAACAACACAAUCUCAUUUUUAGGAUUUCAGAAGUGCGCCUUCAAGACAACAAGCAAUUGUCAGAGCUGGAUGACAGUUAGUUAGCAUUGUAAAGAUCAAGUGCUUUUUUGUGUGUUGAGGUAACUGGUUUAUAACAUUAUAUGUUUCACGUGUAUAACAUUAUAUUUUGACUUCUCCAUACACUGCAGUGUAUUCACCAUCAAAGGCUGAGUUUCUGUCUGCCACCAUAUAGUUGACCCCCUUUACCCAUUCCGCCCUCCCUCUACCCCUGACCCCAGCAAUGGCAUUUUUCUCCUGAAAUGAUCAGUCCAUAAGACGGCUUACAUAUGACAUGAUAUUGUUGGUAAAUGGCCUUCAUUUCGCUGUCCCUGCCCCUCUCCAGACCCCACUUAAGUAAGCCCUUGAUUUAAAAUGGUCUGGAAAGAUCAUCCAGUGCUUUCUGUAAGUGUUGAUGACCAAGAAGCCAGACCUUUGGUGAAAAUGGAGUUUGUAAAACAAAACUGAAUCUUAUCAUUUCUUACAAAAUCAUGAUCCCGCCAGAUUCCAGACUCAGGAGCUAUGGGGUUGGGGGGUGGGGACUGGCCCUGCCUUUCUCUCUCGAAAAGAGGUUUGAUGAAAGUAUUUUACUGUCAGGCCCAGGAGUUUUCAGUACUGCAACGGGAUGCGCGAGGGGCACGCGGCUUCCUGGGUGAUGUAACGUACCGUAUUCUCUUAACACUUCUAAGUCACUCAUUUUUUAAAAAGUUAGUUUUUUAAAAAACCUUACCUCUUCAUGCUUGUCUGAAAUAAGCCAGAUGACUGGUCCCUGCUUUUCUGGCUGGGAAGAGGGGCAGUCCUCUCUUUACUCCUAGUUAGGGAAGUCCUGAGCGAUCGUCUGCAACCAGGAACCAUGAGCUGCUAAGUUGGUGGCUCUCCUCCGGGUCCCCAGCUGCCACUGGAGCACCGUUCAUGACGGAAAUGUUUGUACUACUCUUCUUGGUACAAGAGAGAAUUCAGUGUAAAAUCAGGGCCUCCAAAAAUUUUAUGUCACGGUUUAUUUGACAUGUGCUUUUAAAAAACAGCACUUGCAAAACUGGUCUUUAGUGUUGUGAGUCAGAGGUAACAAAGGCGUGCGGUGAACAAAGGGGUGCCCCAGUGCGACGGAGAAAUAGUAUUAUUGCCACAAGAACAGGGGUGAGGGCAACGCAGCCUCCAUGGACUACUGUUAACUGUACCACAGUUACCAUUAAAGGUCAAGAUUUUGAUUUACUAGCUUACCAUCUUAUUCUUUCCAGGCAAAACAAGUCAGUUUAAUGUUACAGCUUUUUUUUCGCCUUUUAAAACUUUUGGUCUGAGGGUGGGGAGGGGGGUUGUCCACUGCCCGAUCUUCGACGUGUAAGUUAAUUUUUUAUGUGAUAUUUCAGUAUAAAUUUUAUUCAUUAAAUUUAUUUGAAAA